CUCAACCUGUCCAGGUCGAUGUAAGCAGGUGUUCGUAGAAAACGAUCCUAUCUACCGGUCGUUGUUGCCAGCCGCGUUCGCAUCGCGUUGGAUUCUCUCUUUCAUCGUGGAUUUCCUGAGGUCAUUUCGAGGUCACGGUGUCGAAACGAGAGGACAGGGUGACGGAACGGAGCUCGGAGCACCGCGAGCGGGAGUGCCGUCAAGAGGGUCGCGUUGGCGGGGCCCGGCCGGGAUUUAUGGAACCACCCCAUGGAUAGUAACAUGUCAACCGCCGCCUUCAUGCAUCGGUCGGGUGGCUCCUCCAGCGCAUCAAGCGCUGGUACGGGAUCGUCGACCGGUGGAGGUCCUGGGAACCCGGCAGGAGGUGGCAGGAUGGCCGUCAUCGGCGUGACCAGAAAUGUACGACUGAGGCGUCGCGGUAAUGCUGGUUUUGGUUUCUCAUUACGAGGUGGACGCGAAUACGCCGCCGGAUUUUACGUCAGUGAUGUUCAACCGGGUGGCGAGGCUCAUAGAAAUGGAUUAAGGAUAGGCGAUCAAAUCCUGAGGGUAAACGGUUAUCCGGUGGAGGACGCCGUCCACCAGGAGGUCGCGCUCCUGGCAAAAAAUCAGCAAGUCCUGGUGCUCAAAAUUCGAAGCGUUGGGAUGAUACCCGUAAAAGACAAUCCAAACGAUCCGGUUACCUGGCACAUGGUGCAGCAACAGCAACAGCAGCUGCAAUACAACGAAACUGGUUUAAGUGGUGUACCAAGCGCAGAAGUCAGAAUUCGGAUUCUCGUCGGCGAGAAAGGCCGUCUGGGCUGCGGCGUUUGCAGAGGCAUCGUACCUGGUCUCACUGUUCAAGGCACGAGGGAAGGCGGUCCCGCGCGAGCGGCAGGUUUGAAGGCCGGCGACGUGAUAAUCUGGUGCAACGGACAACGACUUACCGAUCUUCCAUUCGAACGAGCCAUUGAAGUGAUGCGCAGCUCGGCGAUUCUCGACCUCGUGGUACAACGACCCACGUCUCCCAAUCACUUUUACGACUGUCCCGAGCCAUUGUGGACCCGCGGCUCCAGCGGCUACGAUUCCGAAACGUCCAGCGUGGCAGCUGCGAGUCCGCCACCGCAGCAUCAAAACAACUCGUCGUCCUCGCCACAGCAUCAUCACCACGACGGCAGGAUGCAUCAGCGAUAUCCGCGCGACGAUGCCUGCAACAGAAAUGGCAGGAUAUGCUGCCCCCUCGCCCUGUCGACCACCAGCUGCAGUUCUUCGGAGUGGGCGCACGUGGAUCAGGCGCCGGAAUGGUCGCGUAAACCGAAUAAUACAACCGUGAUUCGUGUUAAUCAGAGCUCGAACCAGAACCAGAAUCAUCGGCCUAUACUGGGCGGGCAAUAUCAUUUCAAUCCGCGUGGCAAUUACGAUGAUGACAUCGACAACGAGCCACUUUACGACCCCGUGGCGCCCAGGAUUGACUAUGAGGUGCAUGAUUUCGACGCGAAUCCACGAGACGAAGCUAAUCGGCGGCUGGCUUAUCGGCGAGAUAACGCGAGGCAGCAGGACGUAAUUUAUGACGGGCCUGCGGAUGACUUACCCAUGUAUCAUGGCUCCAAAGAAAACGACCAAGCGGUCGGCAAUCGAUUGACGGAUCUGCAACUCAUGCAGCGACAAAGCGAAGCCGAGAGGAAGACGAUAACGACUGUAGAGGUGCAUCAGUCGGUUUGUCCACCUGCACCUCCGCCGCCGCUUCCUUACAAAUGGCCAGCAGAAACUAAACCAAUGAACGCCAUGGGCAUGCAAAUGGGCAGCACUAUGUCAAUGGGCAGCACCGGCUCGACAGAGACCGAAUCAAGCCUUGAGUCGUCCUGCAGCAAGGAUUCCGCGUCGACGUCAUCAUCUCUGUCAACAUCGUCCUGUGAGCCGGCAUCCACCAUUUCUUACGGAUCGGCGAUCGGUGGCGGAUCCUCCAGUGUUACCAGCAAAACGACGGAGACUUCGACAGCCACAUACGCGACGCCGCGUAAGGAUGUCGCCAGGACAUCUCCGAUCGCCAGCACCGAUCUAAGCACCGCCAUCACGCAGGAGUUGCAGAGGCGAGCGCAGCAGAGAAUGAAUAAUGCUGCUAAAGCAGAAACAUUAAAGGAAAAGACUCCGGAUAAUCGCAAACCUCAGAAUCCUGAAACUCUGAGAUCACAGGAGCAAAAAGUCACACAUGAUAAGCUGAUGGAGGAAUUUAAACGUGCACACCAAAAGAUGUUCAAUUCUGCUCAACAAAAAGUGCAGUCCUUGGAACAGGUGCCCAAAGAAGUUCAGGAGAAGGAACAGCAGAAGAGAAUGCUCAAUGAGACAACGGUGUCGACAACAGCAGGUCCUCCAGUACCACCGCCAGCGCCUCCGCUUCCGCUUCCUUCUAAAAAUCAGAACAGUGACGAUUCAGUGGAGAUGCAAAGCAUUGAAUCGUUCAAAUUGAAGGAGACGCCCAAUACAGUGCCGAAACCACCGCCAACGUACUUCCCAGUGACGAGCCCUUCCUCGACGAACAAUAGUCCGCGACACGUUGGUACUGCAAGCAAGAUUCCCAAGGACGUCGCGACAAGUCCUGUUGCAGAACUCGCAAAGAACUCGGCUGCACCGGUCUCGCCGAUCAACAGCGCUCAGCCUUCAAAGUUACCCAGCGGCAAGGUGGCCAUCAGGAUAGGAUCAUACGAGGGUGAGACGAAGCAGCCAUCCAGGUUAGAAUUCUUGCCACAACAGCCGAGUCGCGACAAAAACGGCGUUGACGAGUCGGACAAUAGCCCUGUCGUAUCCAGGUUGCAGAACGAGCUUGCCGCGACGCUGCAGAGAUCGAACCUCAGAAGAAAAACUGAAGGCGAAAAUCAGUCGCCCGUGAAGACUAUUCAUGAGAACGCAGCGACAUCCAGCAAUGAAACAACGAAUCCAGAACCGAACAAGCUUCUUCAGAGCAACAUCGAGAAGCUUGCUUCCGCUCUCAGCAACAAAGUCACCAUUAAAGUGAAUCCGGAAAAUAGUAGUCGAUAAGAAUCGAGUCGAAAAGACGUAGUAACAAUCAUCUUGUAUCUUCGUAAAUUUUGUACAUUUUUGCACGUUUCGCUAACACCAUUUCGACUUAAUUAUAUAAGAAAAGGCACUCUCCCUAUUGGCGAGAUUCUUUUACACCUACAUGUUUUUAUAUCUUAUUUAUUAUCGUAUUAUACACCGAAAGUAAGGAGCUAAUUCUUAUUAAUCGAGACGAGGUUUCACGACCAGUAUUUAUCGCGUAGUCUUAAAUGUAAUCUACUGCGGCUAUGUACGAAUCUUAACGAAAAAUUCGACGAAAUGUUGAAUUUUUAAAUAAAAUCGAC